AUGAAACACUUUAGCAUUUUUGUCGCCCUUGGUCUUGCUGCAGUGAGCGUAGCUGCACAAGCAGGUGAACAAGCAGUACUCAAAACCAGCGAACGCCACCAACAAGACCGUCGUCUCAUUCAACUAAGUGAAAACGACCCUGGCACUUGGCUUACCGAAUAUGAGAUUCUCACGCUGGUGCAGCAACGUACACCUUUCAUGGAUAUCACUGAUCAUCCCCCUACUCUGGGUGUUGAACAACUUAUCGUUGCUGAUAAGGUCCCUGCCGAGACAUCUUACCAUGAAGAGGUGCAACGAUUCAUCGAUGACUUGGAUACCACAAACAUGCAAGAAAACUUGGAAACCUUUACGUCCUUCCACAAUCGCUAUUACAAGUCGUCGUGGGGUGCACGAUCAUGUGCCUGGCUAUUGGAGAGAAUCAAACAAAUCGCCGAACCUGCCAAUGAUCGCGUUACUGUGGAGCCAUUCCAUCACAAGUGGGAUCAAUUCUCUAUUAUUGCUCGAUUCAAUGGCACCAACCCUGAUCUUGAUAAUGAAGUGGUCAUUGUAAGCGCACACCAAGACUCCGUCAACAUGUGGCUUCCCGACUUUGGUCGCGCCCCUGGUGCUGAUGAUGAUGGCAGUGGCACUGUUACUAUCUUAGAAGCAUUCCGCAGUCUCGUUGACAAUGGAUUUGAACCCGAACGUCCCGUUGAGUUCCACUGGUACAGCGCUGAAGAGGGUGGAUUGUUGGGAAGUCAAGAUGUGGCCAAAGCAUAUAACAAAGCUCACAAGGAUAUUGUUGCUAUGGUGCAAAAUGACAUGACUGGUUACAUCGGUGCUAAUGGUGAGGUCUUUGGUAUUGCCACCGAUUACGUCCACUUGAAGGUGACAAACUUCAUCAAGAAAUUGGUCGAUACCUAUGCUGAUAUCCCUUACGUUGAAACUGAAUGUGGUUAUGCAUGCAGUGAUCACGCUUCGUGGCGCAAGUACGGCUACCCCUCAUCGUUUGUAAUGGAAAGUGCAUUCGAUGACUCAAACCAUUAUAUCCAUACCUGGGAUGACACCAUUGACAAGCUUUCGUUCGAUCACAUGAAGGAGUUUGCUAAGGUGGAUAUCGGUUUUGCUGUCGAAUUGUCUCAUCAACGCGAAUAA